AUGGCGGAUAAGCAGAUAGGGCUGACAAGGUUUGCGGCAGCGUUCGUCCCUGCGCCUGAGAAAGACAAGAUCGUAAUAGUUCCCAAGUCUCGUUCCAAGAACGGUGUUAAUCUCGAAACAAUACAUAUUUCAUGCAAAUCUGACAUAUAUCUUGGACGUUACUACAACUAUGGUGGAGCGAUUAUUUAUCAAUACGAUGAUAUGUCAGAAUGGAGAACUGCGAAUAACACUCGAUGUAAAACUGGCUAUAUCGUCAUUCAAGACACGGAUUCAGAAAAUGUUAAGAAGUGGAUUGGCAAAGAGCCUGGUAAAGUUCACGGAGCUGUCUAUAGGAAUGCCUUCGGUGAAUCUGUGAACGAAGCGGAAGUCGUUGGCGAAGGUUUUGCAAUACGAAAUGCAAAAUUUGAAAUGUGUUCAAGCGUUUUCAACAAUCCGAAGGGCAGUUCGUUUCACGAUCAUCGCAGAAGGAUGCAUGAAUUAUCGGAGCAUUGCGUCAGAAAGGUUGUGGAGUAUUGGAAGACUGCAGGUCCUUGUUGGGUCAGAGAGAGAAAUUUUGAAAUAAAACAUUUACUCGAAGACUUUGACUUUGAUACACUACUUUGA